AUGGACGACCAAACAACGUAUGGACGACCAAACAACGUAUGGACGACCAAACAACAUAGGGACGACCAAACAACGUAUGGACGACCAAACAACGUAAGGACGACCAAACAACGUAUGGACGACCAAACAACGUAUGGACGACCAAACAACGUAUGGACGACCAAACAACGUAUGGACGACCAAACAACGUAUGGACGACCAAACAACGUAUGGACGACCAAACAACGUAUGGACGACCAAACAACGUAUGGACGACCAAACAACGUAUGGACGACCAAACAACGUAUGGACGACCAAACAACGUAUGGACGACCAAACAACGCAAGGACGACCAAACAACGUAUGGACGACCAAACAACGUAUGGACGACCAAACAACGUAUGGACGACCAAACAACGUAUGGACGACCAAACAACGUAUGGACGACCAAACAACGUAUGGACGACCAAACAACGUAUGGACGACCAAACAACGUAUGGACGACCAAACAACGUAUGGACGACCAAACAACGUAUGGACGACCAAACAACGUAUGGACGACCAAACAACGUAUGGACGACCAAACAACAUAGGGACGACCAAACAACGUAUGGACGACCAAACAACGUAUGGACGACCAAACAACGUAUGGACGACCAAACAACGUAUGGACGACCAAACAACAUAGGGACGACCAAACAACGUAAGGACGACCAAACAACGUAUGGACGACCAAACAACGCAAGGACGACCAAACAACGUAUGGACGACCAAACAACGUAUGGACGACCAAACAACGUAAGGACGACCAAACAACGCAAGGACGACCAAACAACGUAUGGACGACCAAACAACGUAUGGACGACCAAACAACGUAUGGACGACCAAACAACGUAUGGACGACCAAACAACGUAUGGACGACCAAACAACGUAUGGACGACCAAACAACGUAUGGACGACCAAACAACGUAUGGACGACCAAACAACGUAUGGACGACCAAACAACGUAA